AUGCCCCCAUUCUGGAAGCUCUUCAUUCUCCUUGACCUGCUGGCUUUGCACUCAGUUCUGCCCAAGCAGCCCCGGCCCAGCCUGGCCAAAGCCCACACAGAGAGCAGGUCCACCCUGGCGAGAAUUAUUGUCCAGGGCCUCGUAAGCCACAAUGCAGAGGGCCGGAUCCAGAGCCUGCAGCUCCUAAGCAGUCUGAAUGGUUCGGGGAAUGCGGCCCCAGGGAUGGUGGGCUGGCUAAUUGGCAGCUCGGACUUCCAGCAGCAGCAGGAAGACAGGCCCUUCAAUAACAAGAUCAUACAGCUACAUGCACACGUGAACCUCGUCGUGGAAUUCUGGCUGGAGAAAGACGAGUUUGGCCGAAGGGAUCUGGCAAUGGGCAGUUGCCACGUGGAGCCCAGCAGUGUCAAUGUGAUGGUCCUAACUGAGGAUAUCCCACCAAAGAUGAAACAUUUUAUCCGCAACCUCAGAGAGAACCUGGAAAAAGUUAUUCCACUCCUGGUAGCGAGCCAGGUAUGUCCUCUGAUGGAUGAAAUCCUCAGGCAGCUGGAUGUGAAACUGUUGAAAAGCCUCCUGGGUGAGUGUCUGCAGCCAUAUGGGAAAGACAGCUUGGACAUGGCCAAUGGCUGGAAGAAGUAUCCUCCACCAGAGCCUGAGGGCUGUCUGCACUUUCUAUGA